AUGGGAGCCAGCAAGUUCUACCUGGCGCUGCUACAACUGUCGUUGACAACCAACAAAUCCGAAAACCUGCGAAAAGCAUGGAUGCACGUCAAGAAAGCUGCGUCCAGCGGAGCACAGGUUAUCUGCCUGUCUCCAACGUUCGGUUACUCAGUCAACACUUUAAAAAACUUGCAGUUCUGCGCUGAAACCAUUCCAGGAGAGACAAGUGAGAUGUUGUCUUCCACCGCAAGAACGAACGGGAUCUACCUCGUCGGAGGUUCUAUGGCCGAAAAGGACAAUGGAAAAAUGUACGACACCUGCCUGGUUUACGGUCCCGAUGGCUCCAUGGUUGCCAAGCAUCGGAGAUUGAACAUCCUUGUUGUAAACGUUCCGGGCAGGCAAGCCUUUCGUGAGUCGGAUUACUUGACGCCCGGUGAUCACCUGACUACCUUCGACACUCCCUUCUGCAAAGUGGCAGUCGGACUUUCCCAAGAGGUGAGGUUCGCCCCUCUAGCGCACAUCUACGCGGACCUCGGUUGCAAGCUUCUGGUCUUUCCUGGUUCCUUCAACACAACUUUGAGUCCUCUUUGCUUGGAUUUGCUUCAAAGAGCGCGCGCGAUAGACAACCAGAUCUACGUGGCAUCGGUGACGUCUGCGAGGACCCAAGACGCGUCUUAUGGUUCUUGCGGACGCAGCAUGCUGAUCGAUCCGCAGGGAGAUGUUGUAGUGCAGUCGGCGGGACCUGAUGAAGCAGUGGUAAUGGCGGAAGUUGACUUGGAGCAUCUGUCUUCGUUGAGAAAGGAGACGCCCGUAAGGAAGCACCACAGACACGACCUAUACGCCGUCGUGAACCGUCAACGCAGCGAGGAUGACAGAAAGUUUUUCAAGAACGUGUUCUCCGUUUAG